GGCGGCAGUUGCAGAUGCGCACGCGAGCAGGUUCAUACCAGCGCUUGGCGCCGGCAGACACGGAGACAGAGAGCCUUGACGCGACGCUCGACGAAGAGAUCGAGGACCUCAAGAAGCGCUCGCUGCCCAAGGCGCCGUCCAAGGCUGAGUGGCUUAGCACCAAGCUGCACGCGUUGCUGUGGGUUGCUGGCGCCUGCCUUCUCGCGUACUACCUCGACGUCGUCCGCGUUGCACUGCGUGACCCACGCGUCCAUCGGCUCUACUUCAACAUCGGUGUCGCCAGCGCGGGUGUCAAUGGCUGCAUCACGGCGUACCUGGCGCUUUGGCUACCGUACGUACGCAAGGUGGACCUCGAGUGGAGCGUGUACUGUCCACGCAUGAUCCCCACUGCGACCGUCGUCGGUCUCGUUGGUGCACUUGGCUUCAUCCUGGGCCUCUGGCCUGUCUGGGGCUUCUUCACGCCCGGAAUUCUCUUUGUGUUGUUUCUGGGCAUGCUCAUGAUGGCGCAUUUUCUCCCAGCCAUGUAACACCGUGCAGCAAUACGACACCCCUCGUUCAUAGCUUACGACUAAGCCGCGAUCUAAAGUUGCACAGCGAGCAAGUCCUGCACUUGGGACCAUUAAAUGCUAUAUCGAUCGCCAAAUCAACGUAUAAUUUCAAGGGAA